AUGGCCAAGCUUUCUCGUGGUGCCCCCGGUGGCAAGCUCAAGAUGACCCUGGGUCUCCCAGUCGGUGCCAUCAUGAACUGCGCGGACAACUCCGGUGCCCGUAACCUUUACAUCAUCUCCGUCAAGGGUAUCGGUGCUCGUCUCAACCGCCUCCCCGCUGGUGGUGUCGGCGACAUGGUCAUGGCCACCGUCAAGAAGGGCAAGCCUGAGCUCCGCAAGAAGGUCCACCCCGCCGUCAUCGUCCGCCAGUCCAAGCCCUGGAAGCGCUUCGACGGUGUCUUCCUCUACUUCGAGGACAACGCCGGUGUCAUCGUCAACCCCAAGGGUGAGAUGAAGGGUUCCGCCAUUACCGGCCCCGUCGGUAAGGAGGCUGCUGAGCUUUGGCCCCGUAUUGCCUCCAACUCCGGUGUCGUCAUGUAA